AUGGCGCUGCCCCUGGCCGCCGGGGCCGCGACCUGGCGCUGCUGCGGCCACCUCCUCACGCGUCCUUUCUCCCAAGCGACGCGGCGCGGGGCGCGGCCAGGCGGGGAGGAGCUCGGCCGCCUGCCCCUGGAUGACCUGGGGUCGGUGCCGCGGCCGGCCGGGGGCCUGGAGCUCCUGUUUGGCCUGUCCCCGUGCCUCCUGGCGCUGCGGGCCGCCCGCCGCCGUGUCGCCCGGCUCCUAAUCCAGGCCGGCAGGUCCGGGCUGGAGGGGCAGCGGGCUGAGCUGCUGCGCGCGGCCGAGGCGCGGACCAUCCCGGUGUUGCGGCCCCGGCGGCGGGAGCUGGACGUCCUGUGCCGCCACCAGGUUCACCAGGGCGUCUGCAUGGAAGUGAGCCCCCUGAGGCCCCGGCCCUGGGCCGAGGCCGAGGCCGAGAAGGCCCGACCAGGAGACGACCCCCAGCAGCUGUGGCUCGUCCUCGAGGGGCUGCAGGAUCCCCGGAAUCUUGGGGCCGUGCUGCGCUCCGCUCACUUCCUCGGAGUGGAUAAGGUCAUCACCAGCCGGAGAAACAGCUGCCCGCUCACUCCAGUAGUCAGCAAGGCCAGCGCCGGGGCUAUGGAGGUGAUGGACGUGUUCUCCAUUGAUGACCUGGCCGGUUUUUUACAGGCCAGAGCCCGGCAGGGCUGGCUCGUGGCUGGCACGGUGGGCUGCCCAGGGCCUGAGAUCGCCCCAUCCUCCAAGAUCCCCAUCACUAGCUGCUUGGAGUUCUUAUGGGACCGGCCUACCCUCCUCGUGCUGGGGAACGAGGGCUCUGGUCUUUCCCGGGAAGUGCAGGCCUCCUGCCAGCUUCUCCUCACCAUCCUGCCCGGCCGGCAGCUGCCUCCUGGACUUGAGUCCUUAAACGUCUCCGUGGCCGCAGGAAUCCUUCUUCACUCCAUUUGCAGCCAGAGGAAGGGGUUCCCAGUGGAAGGGGGCAGAGAGCAACUUCCCCAAGACCCCCAGGACCCCUUGGCCGCAUCUGAAGCAGCCAGCGUGGCUCGGCACCCAGGACUGUCCUCAGGAUCAAAAGAGAAGAGACAAGACGGGGGCUAA